AUGGAUCAGGAAUCCGGUGUGGCGUCUGCAGGGAGUUUCAUCCCGCUGAAUGAACAUGAACAGAGAUAUUACUCAGGUCUCCACAGCGUUUGCCAAGCUGACACCUCAGGAAAACUGUCGUCCAGCAAAGUGGCAGAGCUGUUCAAGGCGUCUCAGCUACCUCCUGAAUCCCUGCAUAAAGUGACUGAGGUGUGUGGGGCGAAGCGUCUGGGUUACUUUGGUACAGCCCAGUUCUACGUGGCCCUGAAGCUGCUCGCUGCCGCCCAGUCUGGUCUACCCAUCCGCCUGGAGAGCGUAACGGCCAAUCUACCUCUACCCAGAUUUGUUGGGCUGAAGAAUGAACCAGAGAUGCGAUACUCCACCGUCCCUCCCAGCAUAGAUGGUCAGGGGGCUCAGAGUGGGACCGCACCGGGUCCUGUCACCUGGACUCCAGCAGACAGAAGCACCUUCAGACACCUGGAGACCAGCAUAGAGAAGAAGGAGCCUUGGUCUCCCCCACGAUCACCGUGCAGUACACCGCCUCGCUCUCCACUGGCUUACCGCAGCUACCCGUACACAAAGCAGAGGACUGAGGCAGACUCACAAAUAGCCUAUGAAAGCAAACAUUCCUCACGGCCGAUCAUUCAAAUGGAGCAGCACUCUUCGCCCAGUAACUACGGGACCAAACCCACUGUGGAGCAUCCUGCUAUGGCUCGUUUCCGUGUAUCUUCCCAGGCUUCCUCGGCAGAGAGGCUGGACCAGCAGGGUGUGGUAGACUACUCUGACGAUGACCCCUGGAGGAUCACAGAGGAACAGCUGGAGUAUUAUACUAAUCAGUUCAAAAGUCUGCAGCCCGACCUAGGGGCUCUAAUCCUAGGAGCUGUUGCAAAGAAUUUCUUCACAAAAUCCAAGCUCCCAAUACCAGAACUCUCCCACAUUUGGGAGUUGAGUGAUGUGGAUAGAGAUGGAGCUCUCACUUUCUCUGAGUUCUGCACAGCCUUUCACUUGAUUGUGGCGCGCAAGAACGGUUACCCUCUCCCCGAGAGCCUUCCUCCGACCCUGCAGCCAGGGUUUACAGAGCAGGAAGAGGAUGUACCGGAUACUCCUGAAAGUGCAGAGGCUCUUAUUGUCUUUGAGGAUGCUGAACUAAGGCCCAGUCAGAUGGUAAAGGAUCGCAGCAUGAUAGAGAGGCUUCAGCCAAGCUUGGCCACGACUAAACAAGAUUUGAAUGAAGAAUCCUGUAAACAAGAGACACCUGUGAAGAGGGUGACGACGUCUCAAGAGAAACGAACUCUACAACUUCCUGAGAGGCCAGACGCUAUGCCGCGGCCUCUGGACCUCGACCCACAGAUGAAGACAAAAACUAGACCGAGGUCUUACUCCAGUACGUCUUUUGAAGAUGCGAUGAAGAAGGCGGAAGAGCCUCCCACCCCUCCACCUCGACCUCAGAAAACUCACUCCAGAGCCUCCUCGCUGGACCUCAACAAGCUCUUCCAGCAGGACGCUCCAGGGGUGAAAAGUGGAUGGUUGCCUCCUCCUCCAGCUCUCCCACCUAGACCAUCAACUUCACAGGUUCCUCAUUUUAUCAACGCUUCAGACAAAACUCCUCAGAAAAAAGUGCAGCAGCCAAACUUUGCUGACUUCAGCCGCUUUAGAGAAGAGGGUGCUGUCUUGCAGGAGGAGAGCAGUAUAAAACCUGAGGAGCAGAGUCCACGUUCUAGAUUUGGUCAAAAUACAGAAGACUUGACAAAUGCUUCGAAACAGGAAGUGAUCACAGUUUGUCACACUCAGGUUCCACAGAAGCCGGUCCGCAGGAAAUACCACCCAGACAGCCAGAACCUGGAGCCGGUUCCUCCACCUGCCGUGCAGUUCCCUCCCCCUACCAAACCCACUCAAAAACCGCUGUCCAAACAGAAGAGGGAGAUCCAGAUGGCGAUCCGAAAAAACAAGGAAACCAACGCGGUGUUGACGCGUCUCAACAGCGAGCUCCAACAGCAACUGAAGGUGGUUCACCAGGAAAGGGUCACCUUGGAGUCCCAGCUGGAGCACCUGCGUCCUCUGACCUCGACGUGA